CGCAAACCAGAAAAAAAAAAAAAAACAAAAAAAAACUUGUUCAAAGCUAAAUCCCUAGAUCUGAAAAAUAUCUCUGGAACCCUAGCAGUCGCUCUUGUCUACUUAUUACCAUGGACGAAUCCGCCAUCAAAGGUCUGAAUUUGCUGGAAUUGAACGAUAGUGGUGACGAUAGUGGUGACGAUAGUGGUGACGAUAGUGGUGACGAUAGUGGUGCAGACUCUCAAACUCCCCGUAUCUCCAGCACGACGGUUUCCGUUGAGGGAUAUGACACUUGGCUUCGAAAGUAUCCUCUCAAACUCGUGUUGGAAAAACAUUUCGCUUCAUGCGGAGAGAUCACAAAUAUUUAUGUACCCACAGACUUUGAAAGGGGUAUCCUCAAGAGUGUUGCCUUCAUGAGGAUCGAGGGAGAAGGUGCCGAAGAAAAGGCAUUGCAACUUAGUGGAACUGACAUCGGAGGAUGGACUGCUAUCGUUAAGCCUGCACCCUGGCAGAAAGUAUUCAUGGAUGAUCCUAGGUAUGCUGGUCCUAGGUGUGCUGCUGCUCCCGCCGAUACCAAAACACACAUGAUCCGCAUUACCGGAUAUGACACUUCGCUUCCUAAGAUUGAUAUGCAGAUCGCGCUGUAUAAACAUUUCUCCUCAUGUGGAUCCAUCUGGAAAGUUAUAGUUCUCAAAAGCGGUGCAGCUUUUAUUUAUCUUGAAGGAGAAAGAUGUGUAGACAAGGCGCUGGAACUAAGUGGACGGAACAUGGGAGGAUCGACUCUUGUAGUUGAACCUGUUGUGCCGCGACCCGAUAUCCUAAAAAAAAGAAGGCCGCUCGCCUGCACUACUACUGGCUAUACUCUCCCAAGUACUUUACUUGAGGUGGCUAAGAAGAAGAAGAAGAUGGAGACAGAGAAGGAGAAGGAGAAGGAGAAGGAGAAGGAGAAGGAGAAGGGGAAGGAGAAGGAGAAGGAGAAGGAGAAGGAGAAGGAGAAGGAGAAGGAGAAGAAGAUGAUGGAGAUGGUGAAGAACAAGAAGAUGCACAAGUUGAAGAUGAAGACUAAGAUGAAUAUGUACAUGGAAAAGUAGAAGGCCCGACAAACUUCUUUGGUGUCUAUAACUGUGAUAAAAUGCUACCUCUUUCUUAUUUAUCAUCACCCAUGCAUGUAUGAUAUGUCUUUCUCUGGAUGUUUAAAAAAUAGUACGCGCAGUAAUCGUUAUAUGCUUUCACUGUUACAAUGCAACAUUUAUUUUCUUUUUA